UGCUUUGGUGAACUUGUGACCAGCCCAGCCAUCCAUGCUUCACAUCCCUGUUAUCCUUGGUCACCGUCCAAGAUCACUGUACAGAAGAGAUGAGAUAUGGUCUAACAGACCAUAUGACAAAGUACUUCCUCAGAAUGCCCGCAGCGAUGAAUCUGGCCUUAGGAGAAUGGGAGAUGGUCUUUCUGCAAGUCAACAGCGUGAGUGCAGGGACAUAAAAGAUGAUUUUAAAAGAAAAUGUUCCUCCUCUUCCCAUUAUUCAAGACAGUGGUCUCCCUAUAAAGGGACUUCUUGUUUUUUCAGAAAAUCAAAUAUAGGUCAAAAAGACUCCCCACACAGCAGAUCUGGAUCUAGUGGAGGGCACUCUCCAAAAGGAAGCGAACAGUAUUCUUCCCAUUGGUCACAGCUUAGGACGUCCACAAAUGCUAAUGCCUCCUACAGAUGGGACAGAGAGGAAAAGCCGGAAGGAGGUCAAAAGAGACCCGGCCAGUCUUUGAAAACAUCAAGAGACACACACCCAUUAAGUUCUUCAGCAGUUCCUUCAUCAGCAAUUUUAGACAAACUCAACAACUUCGAUGAAAAUGGACUUCCUGAAGCUGCCAGCAGGCAGGCUGUAGAAAAUCCAAAGAUGGCAGAUGAAGGUGACUUACCUAAAAUUUCUGAGUUUGAAGUUGGAUUCACAGAACUGUUACUUAUGGAUCAGUCACAGGGACCUGAGUCGAACAGAACAGAAGGCAUAGAAUUAGUCAGUGACCAACUAACUGAUCGCCUUAAAGCAAUAGCAUCAAAAACCAAGGAAAUUGAGCAAGCAUACCACCAAGACUGUGAAACCUUUGGGAUGGUGGUGAAAAUGCUGGUUGAAAAAGAUCCUUCAUUAAAAAAGUCCAUUCAAUUUGCAUUUAGGCAGAAUUUACAUGAAAUAAGUGAGCGGUGUGUGGAAGAGCUCAGACAGUUCAUUGCAGAGUAUGAUGCUUCCUAAGAAUUGGAGCUCUAGCAGAAAAACGUUCCUUGAUUGUUAUUCCAGAAUUGCAUAAAUAUUUCAAAUGUGGAAUUUUUGUGAUGAGAAAUACUUCAGUGUCAAGUAAAAUCUAAAAUGGUCAGCUUAAAAUAAUCUAUUCAGAACUCUAUUCCACUUUAUAGAUCCUUCUAAUUCAUAUACAUGCCGAUUUCAGUGAGUGUUUUAGCCUGCUGGGAGCAGCUUUCUGCUUACUCAUGUUCUGUAGUCUUCCA